UUUUCCCCAGAUCGCCAUCUUGAAAAAAGAAAUUAUUUUUCGUGCGUCGUUUUUACAGAAAUUUGUGUAAUUCCACGCGCUUUUUUUUUGCACUCUGCACGGAUUAUUAAAUUUAGUGAGACAGCUCAGUAAAGGAUAUUUAUAGCGACCGAAGAACAACGAAUCAGCAGCAUAAUGGUGGACAAAAUCGAAAUGAGCCUGGAUGAUAUUAUCAAGUCCAAUCGCACGCAGAAAAAGCCGCAGGGAGGUCGUGGCGGUGGUCCUGGCGGUGCUCGCCGUCCGGGUGGACCGCAGCGCUUCGCUGGGGCACGACGUGGCGCCGCCGGUGGAUCUCCGCGAAAACCAGGACCGGCCAGUGGAAGCGCUGGCGGUGGCGUGCUGAAGGGUCGCCGGCCGGGCGGCGCACCAGGCGCGGUGCAGAAGUCCAAGUUUCCAAGGGGCGAUGUGAACAGCGCUUGGAAGCACGAUAUGUACGACGGACCCAAGCGGGGUGCUCCCGGGACCGGCCCUACCCGACUAAUCGUUGGCAACUUGGACUACGGCGUGUCGAACACGGAUAUAAAGGAGCUAUUCAACGACUUCGGGCCGAUGAAGAAGGCAGCCGUACACUAUGAUCGUUCCGGCCGUUCAUUAGGAACCGCUGAUGUAAUCUUUGAACGUCGAGGCGACGCCUUGAAGGCCAUCAAACAGUACCACGGCGUGCCCCUGGACGGACGCCCCAUGACUAUUCAGCUGGCCGUCUCUGAUGUGGCUUCCUUGUCGCGCCCCGUGGCCGCAGUCGAUGUCAAGCGUCGCGUAGGCGGCGGUGCAUCAGCUCCAUUCAAGCGUGGUGGUGGCCAAGCUGGAGGUGCUUCCCGUCGUGGCAGCUUCAAACGUCCGGCUGGAGGCGCUGCUGGCAAAGCAGCUGGUGGUGGUGGCCAGAGACGUGAACGAAAGGCUGCACCCACUGCCGAAGAAUUGGAUGCCGAACUGGACUCUUACAUCAACGACAUGAAGAUCUAAAUAGCCAAUAGUCUGAAUAGCCUAAACAAGAAAAAAAUUCAAGAAAAAACAAAUCCCUAAUUUUAAGGUCUACGAAUGGACAGUCUCUCAAUGGUACAACAUACUUAUCCGGAUCGAAGAGAAAACAUUAGAGAAGUUCUUAGCGAGAACUUCAGACAUCUAAGAGUCGCAUCCCGUUUGUCCACACAUUCAUCUAAUUGUUAGUUUUAUAGAUACGGCGGCUAGUUGAUAAGUCGCCUACAAAAAUACACUUGAUACUGUAUUUAUUAUAAAUAGUUAUAUGCUUUAACAAAGGGAUCGACGACGACGACGACGACUUAAUGGACACCUGUAACUCUAAACUGAAGUGUAAUAAAUACUAGAAUUAAUUUCGUGACCAAA